GAAUCACUUAAAAAGUUCAUGCAGAAUCCUCGUCCAUUCCUCCUACCUCCUAUGCCUCUGCCUCCUUGCAAAGUUGCUGUCAUGGGCCCAAAGUCUUCAGGGAAAACCACCAUUUGUAAUUUAUUAGCCAAAAAAUACUCAGGAAAGGUCUUUGACAUGUCUGUGCUUAUUUUACCACAUCUCGAGGAAGCAAAACAAGGUGCUUAUGCAAAAGCGUAUGAAGAAGCCACUGAGAAAGCUAUAGAAGCUGUGAAAUUAAAGCUGCAACAAGAGAAACUGUUGAAAGAACAAGCAAUGGCAGAGGCCCACAAAGACAUAGACGUAGACGUAGGAGCAGAUGAUAUUUCUUCAGCUCGGACAGAUGAAGAGCAC